CUCUCUCCAAACAGAGAUUUCUCAGACAGAACAGAGCAUAUAACCACCAACCCAACACAUCAACUAAAACACCCACCUCUCUCUCUCUCUCUCUCUCUCUCUCUUCAAUGGGGACUUUUUCGAAUACCUUCAGGGCCAAGAAACUCCGGCUCUACUACCUAGUCGGGACCACCCUCCUCUGUUCUCUCUUCUACUUCAUCGGAACUUGGCAACACGGCGGCGCCACCCGCCUCUUCACCACCACCACCACCACCUCCCUCGUCCCCACCUGCAACAACCAAUCACCCACCACCUCCACCACCAAAACCCAAAUCCCCAAACCCCUCGAUUUCGCCUCCCACCACUCCGCCGAUCACCUCUUCCACCCCACGGAGGCGCGUGCAAAACACUGCCCUCCCUGCGACCCCAAAUUCACCGAAUACACACCCUGCGAAGAUGUCGAGAGAUCGUUGAAAUUCGAUCGAGAUCGAUUGAUUUACAGAGAGAGACACUGUCCCGAACGGAACGAGAUUUUGAAGUGCAGAGUUCCGGCUCCGUUUGGGUACCGCUCGCCAUUCCGGUGGCCGGAGAGCCGGGAUUCGGUGUGGUACGCGAAUGUGCCGCACAAGCAUCUGACGGUGGAGAAGGCGGGUCAGAAUUGGGUCCGGUUCGAGGGUGACCGGUUCACGUUUCCGGGUGGAGGGACCAUGUUCCCUCGUGGUGCUGAUGCGUAUAUUGAUGAAAUUGGGAAGUUGAUCAAUCUCCGAGAUGGUUCUAUUCGUACCGCCAUUGAUACCGGUUGUGGGGUUGCGAGUUUGGGAGCGUACCUUCUGAAUCGGAACAUCUUAGCAAUGUCGUUUGCACCAAGAGAUACACAUGUUGCCCAAGUGCAAUUUGCGCUUGAACGUGGAGUUCCAGCCUUGAUUGGAGUGCUCGCCUCCAUUCGCUUACCUUACCCUUCCCGAGCUUUCGACAUGGCUCAUUGUUCGCGUUGCCUCAUCCCCUGGGGCCAAUAUGAUGGUACCUAUUUGAUUGAAGUUGAUCGUGUCUUACGCCCUGGCGGGUAUUGGAUUUUGUCAGGCCCACCAAUAAACUGGGUGCAUCACUAUAAAGGCUGGAAUAGAACUCGUGAUGAUCUGAAAGCUGAACAAGAUAAGAUUGAGAGCGUAGCGAAAUCACUUUGUUGGAAGAAAUUUGUACAGGAAGGCGACCUUGCAAUUUGGCAAAAGCCCACGAAUCACAUUCAUUGUAAACUCAACCGCAAGAUUUUCAAAAAACCGCCCUUCUGUCAAGCACAGAAUCCAGACGAGGCAUGGUACACAAAAAUGGAUACUUGUUUGACCCCACUGCCCGAAGCAUCUGACAUUAAAGAAAUUGCUGGCGGGAAGCUAUCAAACUGGCCUGACAGAUUGACUGCAAUUCCGCCAAGGAUUAUCAGCAAAAGUCUAGAAGGAAUCACAGCGGAGGUCUUUCAAAAAGAUACGGAAAUGUGGAAGAAGAGAAUGUCACAUUACAAGGCUUUGGACUAUCAACUAGCAGAGCAAGGGCGGUAUAGGAAUUUGCUUGAUAUGAAUGCUUACUUGGGAGGAUUUGCAGCUGCUCUUGUUGAUGAUCCGGUGUGGGUUAUGAACGUUGUGCCGGUUGAGGCGAAGUUGGAUACCCUUGGAGUCGUCUUCGAGCGCGGAUUAAUUGGAACUUAUCAAAACUGGUGUGAGGCCAUGUCUACUUACCCAAGAACUUAUGAUUUCAUUCAUGCCGAUUCAGUGUUUAGCCUCUAUCAAGACAGAUGUAACAUGGAAGAUAUUCUGCUAGAAAUGGAUCGAAUAUUACGUCCCCAAGGCAGUGUAAUAAUCCGAGAUGAUGUUGAUGUUAUAACGAAUGUGAAAAUGCUCGCAGACGGGCUUCAAUGGGAGAGCAGAAUGGUUGACAGUGAAACCAGUCCACAUGCGAGGGAGAAGAUUUUAAUUGCGGUGAAAACAUACUGGACUUCCCCGGCCGAUGAUCAAAAACAAGCAGUGUCCAAACCCGCUUCUUAGCGUUGGUGUUGGCCUGUUUUGGUUCAGAAUUGUUUGAAAUUUUUCUGUUGAUAAUUCUUUCAAUUGCAUUCAAUUUUACAAAGCAAUGGAAUAUAGGUUUUUUCUUUUUGUUAAGAAAGUGUUUUUGCUCUGAAAACUUUAGAUCAUCUUGUCAAGAAAGUGUUUUGUGGGAUUUUUUGCAUUGUGUUGCAAAAAUGUGGUAUGCCAGUUGAAGUUUUUGUAAUCAUAUUUUUAUGAAAGAAGCAAAAUAGAAAGAAAGAUCAUCUUUGCUGUCAUGGGUUUUGAAAA